AUGAGUCGAAUACAUAACUUAAUCGGGAGACAUCGUCCGCGAUUGCGAUUUCUCACCCUCCACUAUGCCUACUUCACAGGAACCUGUCUCGUCAGCUCCCUCAUUCUCUGGGGCGCCGCGCACCCCUUGGGUAGUCUCCGAUACAUCGAUGCCUUGUAUCUCGCCGUCAGUGCUAUGACACUGGCAGGCCUCAACGCGGUGAAUCUGUCGACACUGAACACAUUUCAGCAGCUGUUGCUCUUUUUCUUGAUCAUACUCGGCUCCGUGAUCUGGGUGUCCAUCGCCGUCCUCUGGGUACGCAGGCGCGCGUUCGAACAGCGGUUCAGCGAUAUCAUCCGAGAACAACGCCUGCAGAGAAGGAGUACGCGUGGAUCCCUGCGAUCAGGCCCCAGCCUUUCCCUGUCGCGGUCGCUUCGCCGACGAGAGACUACCUUGGAUAGUCCAAAUAUGCGACCUGUGCAAACCGAUAGCCCGCAGGCACCUGACCGCAAUGAUGUGUCCCGUCAAAUUUCCAGCUCUUCCCUUAGACAGCCAGGUGGCAGAGUUGCUGAUCGGCCUGUAGCGUCGGCUGCGGGAGUCGAAGCACCGCAGCCAUCCAGAGAGGACGCGGAGGAUACUAGUUUGGAUCGGAAGUCUUCAGACACUCCUAGCUCUGCGAAUCUCAAUGAUCGCGAGGAGUACAUGCGCCUCGCCUUCGCGUCUGAUGUUCAACCUCCUCGCGAACAGUCAUCCAGUACGUAUCCUCGACCGCGUCUUCUUCCACCUUAUACGAACUACAGACAGUCGUCCGAGCCGGCAGAUCCUGGGCUCAUACGCGAAGAGGAUCCAACCUCCUCGGUUCAUGAACCUUUAGCGUUUCUACGCCACGUUGGACGAAAUUCGACCUUUCCUGCGCUGACCGAGGAGGAACGCGAGAAACUCGGUGGUGUGGAAUAUCGAGCCGUGUGUCUGCUGACCGUCAUUGUGCCCAUUUAUCUUGUAUCCUGGCAAUUUUUGGGAGGGCUGGCAGUGGGGGCUUAUGUGGCCCGCAACAAAAGCACGGUGACAGAGACGAAUGGCCUGGAUCCAUGGUGGGCCGGAUUCUUUUUUGCGAUUUCCGCGUUCAACAACUCAGGCAUGAGUCUUGUGGACGCCAACAUGGUGCCCUUUCGAUCAUCAACGUUCAUGCUCAUCACCAUGGGGCUAUUGAUCCUGGCGGGCAAUACCUGCUACCCAAUAUUCCUACGGUGCAUCCUGUACGCAAUGCGGCGCCUACUGCCCAUGCAUGGCUACUUUCGAGAGUUUCGUGAGACUCUCCGUUUCCUGCUGGAUCAUCCCCGUCGAUGUUACACCAAUCUCUUUCCUGCACCACAUACCUGGUGGUUGCUGUGCUCUGUGGUUGUGCUGAACGGGAUCGACUGGGUAGCGUUCGAGGUUUUAAAUAUUGAUAACCCCGCGGUAAACACGAUUCCCCUCGGCUCCCGCAUCCUCGACGGACUUUUCCAGGCCCUCUGUGUGCGCAACGGCGGUUUCUACGUCGUCAGCAUUUCCGCUCUUCAGCUGGGCAUGCAGGUCAUAUAUGUGAUCAUGAUGUACAUCUCCGUGUAUCCCGUGGUGAUCACCAUGCGUAACUCCAACGUCUACGAGGAGCGCAGCCUGGGGAUCUAUGCCGACGAUCUGCCAUCACCGUCGCAGGAUCGGAACGGCCAGGAGAAAAGCCUACCUGGGAAGAAGCCCUCCGGUCGGCGUUACUUUAUUGAACAGCAGCUCCGGGCGCAACUGGCCUAUGACCUCUGGUGGAUUGCUGCGGCCGUCAUCAUCAUCUGUAUCGUGGAGGCGGGUAGUUUUACCCGCGACCCGGUGACAUAUUCCGCCUUCAACAUCAUCUUCGAGACCGUCAGUGCCUACGGCACCGUUGGAAUCAGCACGGGCCUGCCGGAUCAACUGUUUAGUUUUUCGGGGGGGUGGCAUACCCUGAGCAAGCUGGUUCUCUGCGCGGUGAUGCUGCGUGGCAGGCACCGUGGAUUGCCUGUUGCGAUCGACAAGGCUAUUCUGUUGCCCGGGGAGCACCUCACCCAGGCGGAACGGGAAGAUGCGCACAUUCGCUCGGAAAGGACGAUGAGUCGAACUCGGAGCAUGGUGUAA